ACGAAAAGUAUCAGACACUCUCUCUCUCUCUCUCUCUCUAUCUACUCUUUCUCUCUCUAGUUCGCAAAUGGCGUUUUCUGCAGCAGCCAUGAACUGCCCUCCUAUUCUCCGUGCCGUGCCUAGUUACUCUCCUCCGUCGUCGUCGUCGGCGGCGGCGGUCUCUUUCCCACGCGGUUCGAUUUCCCUCCGAUCGCGCAGUUUCGAUGCCAACCGGAGGAGAAGCGCCCUGAUUCCAUCGGCUUCCGUUUCAGCUGCGCCAGCUUCUGAACAGCUGAAGCCUGCCAUCUCCCUCACGGACGAUGCUCUGAAGCACUUGAACAAGAUGAGAUCUGAGCGCAGUGAAGAUUUAUGUCUCAGAAUUGGUGUCAGACAGGGUGGAUGCUCUGGCAUGUCUUACACAAUGGACUUCGAGAAUAGGGCAAACGCAAGGCCCGAUGACUCCAUAAUAGAAUAUGACGGUUUUGUUAUAGUUUGUGAUCCAAAGAGCCUUCUCUUCUUGUACGGAAUGCAGUUGGACUACAGCAACGCUCUGAUUGGUGGAGGCUUUUCAUUUAAAAACCCAAAUGCUACCCAAACAUGCGGUUGCGGCAAAUCCUUUGCUGCAGAGAUGUAAGUUAUGCGGGAAAAGAAAACCGAAUCUUAUGUUGAGAUUGCUCGCUAGUGAACGUGAACCCUGUGGAUUAAACUCGACCUCUCGGUUGAAGAUAGUUGUUGCAGUGUAUUUAAUGUUAAAUAAACUAUAAAGUAGUUAUGUCCACGACUCUUUGGCAAACUCUCUCAUUUAGCUGCACAUGUUAUCUCUGUAACAUCGUUAGAGGUAAACCUGUCAGAUAAAAAGGCAAGUGUGAACUUGGAUUGGUUGUGGGAAAGCAAUAUACCCACAUGAAACUAGCUCCAAAUCCUGGAAUAUCGUCGUAUUCUGGCGUUGAAACAAUGAGAAUCUAUUCAUCGGAAA